CAAUUUUGAUUAUUUGAAGCAAACUCUUGUUAACACAAUUAUACUUGAAUUAUAUCGUGUUAUUGUAAAGAAAACAAUUUAUUGAUCGACAUGAAAAUGGGUACAGGAACUGUACCUAAAAUAGGUAAAGAAGAGAUGAAUGUACGACUGCUGCUUAAUAAAUGUGAAUUAAUUGCCAAACAAGAACCCGUGGAAGGAAACUGGAGACUAAAACAAUACGUGGAAACCUUGGGUGAAAUGAUAACCGAAUUAAAAACUGGACCUGAAAAAAUAUCAAAAGAUUUAAUUGCUGAAUAUUCAAAACGCGCUACAUUUUUGAAAGGACUUAUUCAAACUGCAAAUUUAAAUAGCCCUAUAGAGAAGUUAGAAGCAGUCCAGCUACUAUCUCAUGGCGCUGCAACUCUGACCACAGAUGCAGCAGCUCAGGAAAUACAUCAAAAGACAGUUGCUAAAUAUGGUGUUGAAUUACGAACUGAGUUGUUUGGUUUAGAAGAUAGUGAUGACACAUUACGUAAAAGGAAUAUAAUAAAAGCACCGAAUUUCACCAGCAAUAGUACAAGCCAAGAAGAUAUUGACUCACUUCUUAAGUAUCACCAGAAUAUGCAGGAAAAAGUUGCGGAAAAUAUGGUUCUGCUUACAAAGAGUUUAAAAGAACAAUCUCAAAUUGCCAGCACAAUUAUAAAAGGUGAUACUGAGGCAUUAAAGAAGUCAUCUGACCUGACGGACCGAAACUUGAUGUCGCUGAAGGUGGAAUCUGAACGGCUGCAGGUUCACAGCCGCAGCGCCUGGAAGUGCUGGCUCUGGAUCAUGCUUGCUGUUGUCAUGGUUAUAUUUAUAAACAUGGUCCUGUUCAUGAAAGUGAUGAAGAAAAGAAAAUAUGAAAGUUAAUAGGUAGGUAGUUUGACAUUUCAUAACAUUUAUAGUUAUCUAUGUGAUGAAUAUAAUCUGUGAACUUAUAAAUCUAUUAAAUAUUUAUU